AUGCCGUUUCUAGCUCAAUCUUGGCCGAACUGGUUUGUGUUGGCGUGGCUUCAGGGCCAAUUGGGAUGGAUGUCGUUACAUGGGAGUAAAUCAGCCGGUAGUAAUAUGCCCGGUAGCAUCUUGGAAGGCCUUCGUCCGAAAUACCACCUGUAUCUCAACCGCUGUCAGCCAGAUCCCGGGCUUGAUAUGACGACAGAGGCGAUUGAGGACUCUACCAUCCACUUUUGGAACCAGGUAAACAAAACACAAAAGUCACACCACCGAGGUUUGAUUACGUAUGGCCAUGUAAUAUGUAAGACCACUUGGCAAAAUCCUCCUGCGACCGCGGCUGCACUGGGAGGCCUCUGUGGGAGAUUCAGAGGGAGGACGGAAAUUCGGGGGUGA